AUGACCUCGCCCUCAAGUGCCGCCUCCUCGUCCCCGUCCAGCACUAGCAUCAGUAUUGCGGACGAUGGGCUUCCGUUCUUUUGCGAACCCAGCAGCGCCAACCUUAGCUCUGACGGACUGCCAUCAGUUCCGUUCGCCAAGGGCGGCUGCGCGAGAGCGGUGCAUCGUCGUUUCCGUCGCGUGCGGCGCUGCCUGCCGCACGUUAUGAUGAAGCUUCCCGUGAGUCGAGCAGCUAGUGGUCUUGCGGUAAUCGCUGGACUGCUUAUGGUGGGAGUCGUAGGCACGUUCGCAUUGCGGCAGAUGAUGAGCCCGGAGAUCGAGGCGCUUACGCAACAGCGAGAGAAACUAAAGGACGACGUGAUGGUGCUGCGACUACAGGUGGAGAACAUGACUCGCAUCGCUGACGGUCGCCUGGAGACCAUCCACCUGCUAGAGACGGGGCUCGAGCGAUUGCACGUGCAAGUGGCGGAGGCUGCAGCCAUUGCUACUCUUCCUCGUACUGAGGAUGGCGCCGGUUCUAUGAUGGCUUACAAGGACCUCAAGAAUGGCGAGUUUCAUCCGGGUGGGGUGCUUUCAACAAUCCUGUACUCGCUGCUGCUGGCCUCGGUAGUACUCGCAUCGGUGCUCUAUCGCAUUUUUCUUAUUAUUCGCGGCGAGAUCGUCAUGCAGCAGAUGUUAGGCAAAAGAAGGUACGAUGGAGGCAGGGCCCUUAGCGGACUCGUAUUGUCAGCGGCCACGGGUUCGUCUUUGAAUGGCAAGAGGAAUGGAAGAGAAACGCCUCCGCUGUCACCAACCCGGAAUCCGAAGAUCGAUGACUCGGAGGCGAAUGGGCACCAAAACGCUGUGUCCAAUUCGUCUCUCAGUCCUAAAGAAGCACGUGAGCCUUCACCGCAGUGCUACAAGCGCGCACCAGGAUCGUCGCCUACUGUGGUCUAA